AUGGAUGUGGUGGGAGAAAAUGAGGCCUUGCAGCAGUUCUUUGAAGGGCAAGAUGUCUAUGGAGCCUUGGAGAAUCCCAUGGUGGAUACAAGUAUGUUGGAAGAAUUCAUCAGCAGCGAUGCAGAGUUUGGAACUUUGCAAAGACAGUUGCCAGACUCCCCACCAGACUCUGGAUCGGAACCAUGUUCUCCACCACAGCUUCAGACCCCACGGUAUGACCCUACAUGGCCCAGUGGGCUGCAGCCUCCACUCCCAUGCCCAUCUGCUGUGGCACCCAGCAAGCUUCCCUGCAGGUUCAUGGAGACUUACUCUGACCCCAAUGCCAGUGGGCAUCUCUGCACCAUCCCCCAGGGCUGCUGCCUGAAAACAGAAAGUGCUGUGACUCCUUGGAAUAAUUCUGCAUCCUCCAGCUGUUUGGGUUUUAAUUAUUCAUACUUUCAGCCAAAUGCAUCUCAGAUUUCUGGUAUUUCUGCAGCAUCAGGCAAAAAAAGGAAGCUCUCACAAUUACUGGGAGAUGCCACUGAUUCUCCAGUCCGGUCUCAGGACUCCAGACAAGCAACUGUUAAGGACUGUGCAGCUGAAGUGCAAGAAUAUGACAGUGAUGGACAGAAUGCAGCUUUGGAAAAAUGCUGUCAAGCUCUAACAUGGCAACCAUAUCAAACUUCUCAGUGGAACAGCUUAUUUAACUCUAAUUAUGAAAAACUACCUGCUAUUGGAUAUCACAUUGUCACAGAUAAAGGAUUUAAUUUUUCAACAACAGAUGAUGCCUUUGUGUGCCAGAAGAAGAAUCAUUUCCAAAUCACAGUUCAUAUUAGAAUGACUGGACAUCCAAAAUAUGUCAAAACUCAGCUGGGGGGGAAACCAAUAGAAAAGUUUUACUUGAAAAUUUUUGGAAUAAAGGUGGAAGCUCCAAAUCAAACAGUUGCUAUUGAACAGUCUCAGUCAGAUCGAAGCAAAAAAACUUUCCAUCCUGUUAAAGUUGAUCUGCCAGGGGACCAGAUAACUAAAGUAACGCUGGGAAGGUUGCAUUUCAGUGAAACAACAGCAAAUAAUAUGAGAAAAAAGGGGAAACCUAAUCCUGACCAGAGAUACUUCAUGCUGGCAGUUGGACUGUAUGCUGUCUCUCAGGACCAAUUCUACCUACUGUCUGCAAAUGUCUCUGAAAAGAUCAUUGUGAGGGCAUCUAACCCAGGGCAGUUUGAGAAUGACAGUGAUGUACUGUGGCAGCGAGGACAUGUUCCAGAGACGAUAGUCUAUCAUGGUCGAGUAGGAAUUAACACAGAUGCACCAGACGAAGCACUGGUUGUCUGUGGAAAUGCAAAAGUUAUGGGCAGAGUCAUGCAUCCAUCUGACAGCCGAGCAAAACAGAAUAUCCGGGAGGUUGAUACAAAUGAGCAGUUGAGAAGAAUUACACAAAUGAGGCUGGUGGAGUAUGACUACAAACCCGAAUUUGCAUCUGUUAUGGGAAUAAAAAACACCCAUGAAACAGGAAUAAUAGCCCAGGAAGUGAAGGAGCUUUUACCUCAAGCUGUUAGAGAAGUUGGAGAUGUUGCUUGUAAUGGUGGAGAAAAAAUAGAAAACUUCCUCAUGGUUGACAAGGAUCAGCUCUUUAUGGAGAAUGUUGGUGCCGUGAAGCAGCUUUGUAAACUAACCAACAAUCUUGAAGUAAGAAUAGAAGAAUUGGAACAGUGGAAUAUGAAACUGGCCAGGCUGAAACGGAUGAGCAGUUUAAAAUCAACAGCCAGUGAAGAGAGCAAAGUCAGCAGGUAUAGUCGAGCUACUAGUCUUUUGCCAUCAAAAAAAUCAGUCCUGCUAAAAUCCAGCAAGGUUUGCUUGUCAAAGACAAAAGAGUCUUUCUCCGUGAAGAUUUUCCGGGUGACCAUAAUAGCUUUGAUUGCUAUUAUGGCACUAUGUGCUUUGACGAUAUCGACCCUAUAUUUACUUAGCGUUCAUGACAGACAUUUUGAAAAACAUCUGAUUUACAGUACCUCAAGUUCUGUUCUACUCUCUCCCUCUACCACUACAGCAGCAUUGCAGGGGGAAAGUACAAUUUCUCAGAGCACACAACCCAUCAGCAGAAUCCCUGAAGUGAAUUUCUGUGACAUUUUGCCUUGUGACAAGGUCUAUUGUUGUCCAAUUCAUCAAACAAAAGUCAAAUCUCUAAGUUAUGAGAAAAACAAUGCAAAGGAGAAACGAGACAAAAGUGACAUGCUGCCUGAACAAGAUCCAGUCAAAAUAUCCAGCGGAAGACCUGACCUUGGAAAUGACUGGAUUGAUACAACAGUCAGUUCCAUACAGAUUUUGGAAACACAGCAAAGCAUUGACAGUCGCUAUUGUAGUAAAAAUCUACAGUGCAGGUCUGGAAAUUACAGCUAUGUUAUUCCUGUCAACAAAUACACACCCAUGGAUGUAGAAAUCUCACUGGAAAUAAACACCACAGAACCACUAAUUGUAUUUCUCUGCAAAGUCACAUUUGGAAAUUAUUGCUCCCAUUAUUCUUCAAGCCAAAACAGCAGGAAAGAUUUCCUAGAAACCACACAGGGACGUCAGCAUAUUUGGACUCUCCCUGUAGCUAAAUUGUAUGACAGUGCAUACUAUUUCCGUGUAGCUGCACCGGGUUUUGCAGGCUGCUCAACAGAUCCUUAUUUUGCUGGAAUGUUUUUUACUGAUUAUUACUUCUAUUUUUAUCGGCAGUGUAACUAAAAUGUUGCUGAUCAUUCCUGUUCUUUGGGGAAAACACGAGGAAGUUCUUGACACGAAAAAGAGACUUGUGAAUGGCCCUGGAUAUUUUUUUUAAACCUCUUGCUGAGUUGUGUAGCAAUUUCUUGGUGACUUCACUUUUAAAUUAAAAAAGAAGGAUAAAAAUAAAGUGUUUGACAGCAGCCAUAGCUCUGCAUUUCCAGGAACUGUUUCUAAAAGGAUGUGAGGCAACAGAAUAUAAGAUAUGUAAAUAAAAUAAUCCCGUUGAUCAUAGUGAAGUCAUAUGACAUUGUGUAUAUAGCAGACAAGAACAAUUGGGUGGGAGCUCUGCUGAGAUGGGAUACACUCCAGUCCUCAGAAGAUGCUAAAAUAAUAAAAUGUUAUUUGCAGUCAGGAGACCAGCUUCCCUUUAUUUAUAUAUAAAUCUAUUUUUUUUUUUUCACUAACAAAACCAAAACCAAAGAAAACGUUGAGACAGAAACGUAUCAAUGUGGAAAUGCCCUUUAAAAUAUGUGCUGUAAGUUAGGGAACAACAGGUCAAUUCCGUGGUCUGUGUAAAUAUUUCCAUUUCAGAAAGCAGUGCCAUCAUUACCAUUACAAUUGUGUGAUUUACCUUCUCUGCUGCUGGUUGAAUGAGAUAUAUUUCAGCUACUGGAUUUUUUUUUUUUUUUUUUUAAACUGUACGGCAGGAAUGAACUAUUUACUCCUAAAUUCAGGUUAUUUUUUUCUUGGUGUUUGUGAUUUGUGCUAGUGUGAUGGAAGAAUAGAAAUAUUUGAGAAGAAUAAUGUCUUGCCUGCAUGGCUUUCUAAGAUGCAUAUGGAUACACACUUGCAUGUGAGAAAUCUUUCUUUUUAUAUUUAGGAAAUACAUUUUUAAGGUAAAGCUAUUUAAAUUAAAUUUCACAUUAGUUGCUCAGACAGAAGGAAAACAGAUGGGCUUCAGAUGGGGUUAACUGCAAUGUCUGUGGAUUUUUUUUGCCUUAAAUGACUCACUACUUUGACCUCAAAAAUAUACGGGUUUGGGUUUGUUUUGGUUUGGGUUUGGGUUUUUGUUGUUUUUUUUUUUUGUUUUUUUUUUUUUUACUGGGAAGCAUUUAUGGUGCAGGCCACAUGAUCUGUAAUAUCCAGCUGGACUUGGAACUCUGGAUUCAAAAGCAUCAGAAGUUUGUGCCUUUAGUUUUUUAUGGUCCAUACUUGAAGGUAAUUCCUAAGAAGAGUCACCAGGUCACAGAUGAUAACGCAUGUGCAUUUUGAACAAAAACUGUACUUUUCUACACCCACCUGGUUUUCAUCACACUGUUCUGGGUUGAAAUACUCUUCCCAGUGGCAAAGAGCACUGCAGUACGAGAGUGUAAGCUCCCAGUGUUUCCUGUCAUCCAAAAACUUCCUGUGAUUAAAGUCUGGGGUGAGAUGCAUGUUGAAUAGCAACUGUUUUCUCUGUAAAAAUGCUUGUGGUGACUUUAUUACACGUUAUUUUGCCCAUUCAAGAAUUUUCACCUAGUUCUUUACUCCUGUCACAUGUUUUUAGUAAGGUACACUUCAAGAUUUUGUUUGGAUUUAAGAUGACAAGUCGUUGUAUGAAGGCUAUGUUCUAACAUGUCCGAAGUAACAAGAAUCCACCUUGGCAAAAGCUAGGGAGGAACUGGCAGGAAUGAAAUAGUUGGCAUGGAAAAAUCUGUGAUAAAUAAUCUUUAGGCUCCUGAGAAAAUCUGUGAAUGACAAUGAGUUGAAAGACUUUCUUAAAUGGAAUGACCUAUUAAUAGUAGUGAUUUGAUCAUUUUAAAUGGGGGUCAGAUGAUUUUUGUCCCUUUGUGACACUAAUUAUAUUGGGGUUACCACUGAAUGAGUUAGUACAUCAGGGGGCCAGGAGAAAAAACUAGUAGUGUAACAGAACCCUGAGCAUCCCUGAAUAUGCUUUCAUUUUCUAUCUAGAAGUUUAGUUGAAAAAGAAAAACUUUGCUAUUUGCCUGGGAUUUCACAUACACCACACCUAAACGUGCAAGAGAAGAUACCCAAUGUAAAGAUUCAGCCUACACUUGCACUAUGGCUCUUUUAUCUGAGAGUCAGCCAGGUGCUUGGUCUCCUGGAAAUCCCAGAAAAUGUUUUAAUUCUCCUUCCCCCUGGAUAAUGUUUUCAUAAUACAUUGAUUUGCCAGGCAUGUGCUGGCUAACUGUACAGUGCGUGUACAACGGGUUCAGCAAGCCUAAGGGGUGUCAGCCCGGACUGGUUUUAGCUGGGAUGGAGUUAAUUUUCUUCAGAGUAGCUUGUAUGGAGCUAUGUUUUG